AUGGGCUCAAUGUUUGGCAGNGUGUGGCUGGAUGUCACCGACAUGAUUGAGUACAACAUCUCUUUGUUGAACCCGCAUGAUUUGGUCCAGUCAUUCUUUGUGCUGCAGAAGGAUGAUCCUACCCAGGGGUUUGCUUUCGACGCUACCUGCUACGCGGGUCCCACAUCGCCAGAUAAUGCUUCCACGAAUGAUGAGCUGUUGUCUCUGAGGCUAAGGCUAGGCUCACAUCUGGCAUCUCACCUUCGCAAUGAGCUUGGGAGAAAAACAGGAUAUACGUCGACCGUUGGCAUAUCCUCCUCCAAGCUGCUAUCCAAGCUGGUUGGCAAUCUGCAUAAACCGAAAAGUCAAACGACGCUUGUACCUCCAUAUUCUUGUCGAGAUGGAGGAACAAGCAACGUCGAAUCUUUUCUCGAUGGUUAUGAGAUUGGUAAGAUACCUGGUAUUGGUUCUAAGCUUGCCCAAAAGAUACGCCGACAUAUCCUGCAGCAUGAACCAGACUUUGAAAAAGGUCUUGUCUAUGGAGAGACCAAGGAGCAGGUGACCGUGGAAGAAGUUCGUCUUGCGGACAACAUGAGUGCCGACACACUGGAGAGGGUACUGGCUGGACCUGGCUCUCCUCAUGGUAUUGGCACCAAGAUCUGGGCACUCUUGCAUGGCAUCGACGACUCGGAGGUGAAUUUUGCGAAGGCUGUGCCCAGUCAGAUCAGCAUUGAGGACAGCUACAUUCGCCUCGACACACUGCCUGAGGUAAUAAAGCAACUCAAGAAGCUAAGCUGCAGCCUCAUAGAACGAAUGCGGAUCGAUCUCGUCACUUCUGAUGAUGAUACAUUCGAUGAAACUCCACGGUAUAAUGAGCCCGAGCAAGACCUGGUUGCUGGAAGGGAUGCUGCUGAUUUCAGAGAUGGAUACAUGCCGAUCGAGACUGAGUUGUUUGUGAGGUCAAAGACAGCGAAAACCAGAUCAACAGAGAAAUGGCUGGCUCAUCCCAAAACCAUCCGCUUGUCUACCAGACCUCGUCUGCCGCUCAAUCCCGAUGGUACCCGUUCUCGAAGCUUCAAGCGGAUCUCUCAUUCUGCGCCAUUGCCAAAUUAUAUGCUUUCUUUGACAGACAACAUUGACACACUCGCAGAAAGACUUGUCCAUGAUACGCUCAUAGGCAUGUUCAGAAAGCUGCAUCCAGAAAAAGCUGGAUGGAACCUGAGUCUGGUCAAUCUUGCCGUGACAAACAUGGCAGAAGCAGGUGGCGAGAGCAAGACGGCUAACGGUCGCGAUAUCAGCAGCAUGUUCAAGCGUCAAGAAAGUGUCCACAAGGAGUUUACUGCCUAUGCUGACGAGCAAGCAAUACCCCUGGUAGAGCCAGUCCGACAGAUGAGCAUAGAAGACCUUGCAUCUCCUGUUCCUGAUCUGACUAUCGAAGCGGAAGACAACGGUUGGUUGGAAGAAGACGACGAGAACGACGAAAGAUGUGGUGUUUGUGGCAUGCCAGUGCCCUCUUUCGCUAUGCCUGCUCAUAUGAGAUUCCACGAGGUCGCAUGUCAAUAG